AUGGAAUACCUCCAUUCACACAACACGCUAUAUGUUUGUUUGGUCUUCCUUGUGGUCUUCAUCGUCAUCAAAAGCACCUCAACAGCCUUCAAGCCCGGGCUGAGAUCCAUACCUGGCCCUUUUAUCGCAAGAUUCUCGUGUCUAUAUCGCCCAUGGAAGAUCGCAAAGGGUGAUGCUCCAGACUUUUACCGGAGACUGCAUCAACAGUACGGUCCCAUCGUCCGCACGGGGCCAAAUACCGUGGAUAUCUCGGACCCAAAGGCCAUUCCCAUCAUAUAUGGCAUCAACAGCAAAUUUCUCAAAUCACCAUUCUAUGACACAUUUCACCCUGUGUAUGAAGACAAUCCAAUGCCGAGUAUGUUCUCAGUGCGCGAUCCAGUGCAACAUCAAGCCCUGCGCCGACCAGUGGCACAGAAAUUCUCAAUGUCGUCGAUCAAGGCCCUAGAGCCUUUCGCGAAUGAGUGCACGAAUAUUUUCGUGGACGCGAUGCGAGAUCUAGAGGGGCAGUGUGUUGAUCUCAGUGUAUGGUUGCAGUGGUAUGCAUUCGAUGUCAUCGGUGCCAUCACGUUCCAGCGGCGUUUUGGCUUUAUGGAGAAGCGGCAAGAUGUCGAGGGAAUGAUCGACGCUCUGGACAAGGGUUUGUAUUAUGGUGGGAUAGUCAGUCAAGUUCCGGCGCUGCAUCAUUGGUUAUUAGGGAACCGCUGGGUUGCAAAAUUCAUAGCUAUGCAACCAUUCAUUGACGUGGCUCAUCCCCUGCGGACUAUAUUGGAAUUUACCCAGAAAUGCAUUGAUGAUUAUGAUCGAAAUAGUGCUGAUCACGCUGAUCGACCAGACUUCCUCGCUUGGCUGCGAGGCGAAGAGACAAAGGGCAAACCUAUGCCGAACCGAGAUAUGAUCAAUCACCUCAGUAACAACUUGCUUGCAGGAAGUGAUACAACUGCAAUCUCACUGCGAGCAAUCAUCUAUUUCCUCGUCAAAAAUGAAUCUAAAUACCACAAGCUACAACAUGAGAUAGAUCAAGCAGAUCAAGCCGGCAGAAUCUCCGAGUAUAUCACUUAUGCAGAGUGCUUGGAGCUACCCUAUCUCCAAGCCGUGAUGAAAGAAGCGAUGCGAUGUCACCCUGGCGUCUCAUUCCCGCUGGAACGGGUAGUGCCUGAAGGUGGAGCAACAUUUUCCGACAUUCAUUUGAAGCAGGGAACGAUUGUUGGUAUCAAUCCCGCGGUGAUCCAUCACGACAAGACUAUAUUCGGAGACGACGCAGACGCAUUCAGACCUGAGAGAUGGAUUGAGUCAAGCGAGGCUCAUAUCAAGCUUAUGGAUCGACAUCUUAUGACAUUUGGAUAUGGAUCUCGGACCUGCAUUGGGAAAAACAUCUCGAUCAUGGAGAUGGGGAAAUUGGUUCCGCAGAUUAUUCGACAUUUUCAGCUCGAAUGGGCAUCCGAUCAGCCCGAGUGGAAUGUGCAGACGUUCUUUUUCGCAAAGCAGCAUGGCCUGAAGUGUCGUCUGCGGCGGCGCCAGCAAGUCCCGCAACCGUGA